CAUUCCUUCACCUUAAACCCUUGAAAUAAGCAGCUGAAAGAAAAACCCUAGCUUCGUCUCCGCCAUCGUUUGCCCUGAACUUUUAGUACUGUGCUCGUUUUCGUAGCGUUCACAAGAGGGAAACAGAUAGAGAUGGGAAGUGAUAGUGAAACAGAAAAGGCGCAGCAGAAGGAGAAGGAGAGGAAGAAGAUGUUAGCUCUUGCCCCUAUCGCCAAACCCCUUGCUGGCAAGAAGCUCUGCAAACGCACGCUCAAGCUUGUGCGCCGUGCCGCUGAACAUAAAUGCUUGAAGAGAGGAGUGAAGGAAGUGGUUAAAAGUAUUCGACGUGGUCAUAAAGGAUUAUGUGUUAUAGCUGGGAACAUAUCUCCUAUUGAUGUUAUAACUCAUGUUCCUGUCUUAUGCGAGGAUGCUGAUAUUCCAUACAUUUAUGUUCCUUCAAAGGAGGAUCUUGCAAAUGCAGGAGCAACUAAGCGCCCAACCUGCUGUGUUUUGGUAUUAACAAAGCCUACAAAGGGUGAACUAGCUGCAGAGGAACAACAAAAAUUAGAGACAGAUUACAAACAGGUUGUGGAGGAUGUAAAGGAGCUUACAUCCUCUUUCUUUGCAUGAUGAACAAGACCAUAUUCGUUGUAUUCUCAACUGAUGAACAAGAUCACAAAUUUGCUUGUUAGCAUGUACCUCUUUUUGCUAUAUAAUAUGCAGUUUAAUUUCUACAACA